AGGCAUGGCCCAGGGUGGUCUUUUUUGACUCUUGUUGACUUUUUACCAGACGUCGUUUUCUUAACCAACGGUCUCUCUCUCUCUCUCCUCCUCCUACGCCCAUAGGCCACAUAGCUUUCGUUGUUUCCUCAGCCGCCGGUUGCUCAGCAAUGUCAGGCGAAGAAACCGGCGACGGUGAUCGGAGACAGGGUUACCUGAACCCAAAAGACAGGGAGGUAAAACUCCCCCGUUCGACUAGGGUUAAGAACAAAACCCCAGCCCCCAUUCAGAUCACCGCCGAGCAAAUCCUCCGGGAGGCCAGGGAGCAUCAACAGCCCGAAAUCCGACCACACCAACAGAAGAUCACCGACAACUCUGAACUCGAUGAUUAUCGUCUCCGCAAGCGAAAGGAGUUCGAGGACCUGGCUCGUCGCGUCAGGUCCAACCUGAAAGUUUGGAUCAAAUACGCUCAGUGGGAGGAAUCGCAGAGCGAUUUGGCACGCGCUCGCUCGGUUUGGGAACGCGCUCUCGAGGUCGAUUACAGAAACCACUCAGUCUGGCUCAAGUACGCCGAGUUCGAGAUGAGGAACAAGUGCAUCAACCAUGCCAGGAAUGUCUGGGACCGUGCCGUUACUCUGCUUCCGAGAGUGGACCAGUUGUGGCUCAAGUACAUCCACAUGGAGCGUAUGCUCGGCAAUGUGGCCGGUGCAAGGCAGAUUUUCGAGAGAUGGAUGCGUUGGAUGCCGGACCGGGAGGCAUGGCUUUCCUACAUCAAUUUCGAGCUCAGUUUCAACGAGGUUGAGCGUGCCAGAAAGAUUUUCGAGCGCUUCGUCCAGUGUCACCCUAAGGCUGAAGCUUGGAUUAGGUACGCUAAAUUAGAGAUGAAGAAUGGAGUGAUUGAUAGGUGUAGGAAUGUGUAUGAGAGAGCUGUGGAAAAAUUAGCUGACGAUGAUGAGGAAGCAGAGAAGAUAUUUGUUGCAUUCGCCGAAUUCGAAGUGCUCUGCAAGGAACAUGAGCGAGCAAGGUGUGUCUAUAAAUUUGCACUUGAUCAUGUACCCGAGGACAGGGCUGAAUAUUUGAGUAGGAAACUUAUGGAAUUUGAAAAGCAGUACGGAUCUGGGGAACAAAUUGAGGAUGCUAUGGUGCAAAAGAAGCGCAUUGUGUAUGAGGAUAAAGUCGGGAGAAAACCUCUUAAGUAUAACAAUUGGUUUCGUUACAUUCAGCUUGAAGAGAGCGUGGGUAAUAAGGAGAGAAUUAGGGAAAUUUAUGAGCGUGCAAUUGCGUAUAUUCCUCUGGCUGAAGAGAAGCAGAAGUGGGAUCGGUACAUUUACUUAUGGAUUAAAUAUGCAUUAUAUGAGGAGCUUGAUGCUGAAGAUAUGGAACGUACAAGAAAUGUGUAUAGGCAAUGCCUGAAACUGAUCCCUCACAAGAAAUUCUCCUUUGCAAAAAUAUGGCUUCUUGCUGCCCAGUUUGAAAUACGAGAGUUGAAUCUCAAGGGUGCUCGACAAAUACUUGGAAAUGCUAUUGGGAUAGCUCCUAAACAUAAGAUCUUUAAGAAAUAUAUAGAGAUUGAAUUACAAUUGGGGCAUGUAGAUCGCUGUAGAAAAUUGUAUGAGAAGUACUUGGAGUGGGCACCGGAAAACUGCUAUGCAUGGAUCAAGUAUGCAGAGUUGGAAAUAUCUCUAUGUGAGACAGAGCGUGCAAGGAGCAUAUUUGAGCUUGCAAUUGAUCAACCAACCCUUGACUUGCCAGAAUCACUGUGGAAGGCAUAUAUUGACUUUGAAAUAUCAGAGGGUCAAUAUGAAAGAACCAGGAACUUGUAUGAGAGAUUGUUAAACCGUACAAAACAUCCGAAAGUAUGGGUUAGCCUUGCCAAAUUUGAGGCUACCUGGGAAACAGAUUUGGAAGGGAAGAAACUAUGCCUGUUGCGUUCAAGAAGAAUUUUUGAGAAAGCAAUAAACUAUUACACAUCAGCUGCUCCUGAUUUAAAAGAAGAAAGAGCAAUGCUUCUAGAAGAAUGGCUGAAUAUGGAGGUUAGUUUUGGGGAUUUAGGUGAUGCCAGCUUAGUUCAAACUAAGUUGCCCAAGAAACUCAAGAAGCGGAGGCAAAUUGUAGCAAAAGAUGGUCCUGUUGGGUUUGAGGAAUAUGUUGAUUACCUAUUCCCUGAGGAAACACAAACUCCAACUCUGAAGAUUUUGGAAGCUGCCUACAAGUGGAAGAAGCGAAAACUUUCUGGUGAGGAGAAGGUUUCUUCAGAUGAGGACAAGGUGGACAAGGUUUCUUCUGAUUCUGAGGAUUAGACCGGUUUGUCCUCAACCUUACCUAUAACCAUAGUUGUCAAACUGCACAUUUGUAUUUGUAUUUGUAAACUUUUCUAUUUAUAAUAUUAUUAAUAUUACAUAUUUUUGGAUGCUUAUAUUUUAUGUAUAGGUAUAGUUGUUUAUUGUGUUCCAAAAAAAUUCCCUACAUAAUAUGCAUCUGAACAUAGAUAAUAUCAUAAUAGCACCAAUAGGUUAAACUAUAAACAUCACUUUUAAUUCAUAUAGAAAGUUACUAAAAUUUAGUAAAAAUAAAUAAAUAAAUAAACAUUUGUUUUGCAGCCCUUGAUUUUAUUUUUGAUGGCAUUAUAAUCUUAACAUUCUCUUAUUACUAGAUCUUAUGAUAACUGCAAAAGUUUUUUCUUUGCUUUCAACUUUGCGAGGUACUGCUGCACUGGAAGCUUUGGGAAGCUAGUAUGGCAAAUCAACUGCUUAUUCGAGGAUGUUCGAGUUUGGCUUGUCCGAAAACUUCAUUCUUUUGCUUGUCAACUGUAAAGAACGGUUUGUUUUUUUAUUUUUUUACUUUUUAUUUUUUCUUAGAAAUAACUUCUUCUUUUCCAUAUCCAGUUAGCAUAUUUCUUAUGAUACCUGAGUUUGCAAUAGUCGGAUCAAGACCAAGUACAGCAGGAACUGCCAUGGCAGCUUUGAAGUUUUGAAUGCUAAGUGCAAUGUUGAAAAUGACAACAUGACAAUAGUAUAUCAUCCUAUGUUGAUUUUAGAAAAUAGAAACAUAUAAUACUAUGAAAGUGAAGAAGAUAGAUACCAAUACCUGACAAUGUUCCCUUUCGUAAGUAUUUAGUAUUGAAGAUGCUGCAAUACCCUUUACUACAGAAGCUAUUUUCCUGGCAAGAUUAUGUCAAUCCUGAAUUCCAGUAUUCAUUCCUGCACAAAC